UCAAUUUCUUUUUUUUUUUAAGCGGCUCCUCUCCCUCCCUCCCGAAGGAGGCGGGGUCACGUGAUGUUUUCGCCGUGGUGCCGCCGCGGCUGCUUGCCUGUGUGGAGAGCUAGCGAGUGAGGCAGCGGGGCGAGUGGACGGGGAGCCCUGCGCGCUCCGAACGGCUGGCAGUGAGUGAGCGGGUGGGCGCACGCCCCGCCGGUGGGCCGGCUUCGCGCCUCCCCCUGCGGGGAACGGCCGGCGUGGACACAGACUGGGGCCACCCAUGUCCAGCCGGGCCCGGGAGACCCUUCGCCUCUGAGGAGGGCGGCUCUUCCACCCCCCUCGCGCUCCCGCCCUCCCCCCCCCCCCCGCUGCACAAGCGCGGCGCCGCCUGGCUCGGCUGUCCGGACCCUGCCCUGGCCCCUUAAAAUGGCGAGCGGGAUGCUCGGCGGAGAAGGCGGCUGCACCGUGCUGGAGGCGAGAGACCGGGCUGCGGGCAUUGCCGCUGGAGCACCAGGCGGCGGAGGCGGCUACAGCCACAACCAGCGGGCCAGCGCGUCCAGGCUUGCCGCUACUGCUGCUACUACUGCUGCUGCUGCUACCGAAGAGGACCCCGAGCUGAUGGAAGGCGCCCCUUGCCCGCCGCCCGCGCAGCCCCCGCACCAUCUGAUGCUGCUUCUGAGGAGAUCCCCCAGCAGCUCCCUCUGCCUCGUCCAGGAGGAGGACGCCUCGGCUACCGGGGGCAACGCCGGCGCGGGGCGAGGGGGCGCCGUGGCUUCAUCGCGAGCCGGCCCCUCGGCGCCCUCAAGCCGGGCAGCUGCCCCACCGGCGGCGUCCGCUGUCGCCUUCGGGGACGACGUGAGGAAAUGCGGCUACCUAAGGAAGCAGAAGCAUGGCCACAAGAGGUACUUCGUGCUGCGGGUGGAGAGCCACCUGGCCCCGGCCAGGCUAGAGUACUACGACAGCGAGAAGAAGUUCAAGAGCAGCAUGAGGGCGGCGGCGGCAGCGGCGGCGGCUGGUGGGAGCGCAGCCCUCUGCUGCCCACCCCCAAAGCGGGUGAUUCCUCUGUACCAGUGCUUCACGGUUAGCCGGAGGGCAGAUGCCAAGCACAAGCACAUCAUCGCCCUGUACACCAAGGAUGAGUACUUUGCAAUGGUUGCCGAAAACGAGACUGAGCAGGAGAGCUGGUACCAGGCAAUCAGUGAGCUCAUGAGCCAAAGCAAGAGGGGCUUCUUGGAGCAGGAAGACCAGGCUGAUCCGCAGCUGGAUGACGACGACGAGCAUUACGGGACUGCUCUUCGGCCAGGGACCGUCUUCAAAGAAGUUUGGCAAGUAAAUGUGAAACCCAAGGGACUGGGGCAGACAAAAAAUUUGACUGGGGUGUACAGGUUGUGUCUUUCCACCAAGGCCAUCCACCUUGUUAAGCUGAAUAGUGAGGUGCCCUCUGUCCACUUACAGCUAAUGAACAUUCGGCGGUGUGGGCAUUCAGAAAAUUUCUUUUUCAUUGAGGUGGGCAGAUCUGCCUCCAUUGGGCCAGGUGAGCUUUGGAUGCAAGUGGAUGAUUCAGUGGUGGCCCAGAAUAUGCAUGAAACCUUCCUAGAAACCAUGAAAGCUUUGAAAGCCUUCUCUGAGUUUAGACCUCGCAGUAAGAGCCAGUCUUCCGGUGGUGGUAGCAGCACCAACCCCAUUUCCUUCAUCAGUACUAGGAGGCACCUGGGUAACCUGCCACCUAGCCAAACUGGCUUGCAAAGAAGAUCCAGAACUGAAAGUGUUACUGGGGGGACCCCUCCAACCACCAAGAGUAGUAGCUCUUACCGUUUCAGAACUUCCAGUGAAGGGGAGGGGACAAUGACCAGACCAUUUAGGUCAGUUACUGGAAGUUUGAUUCAUCUGAAUACUGCAAGGAUGAAUUUGGGGCGUCAAGAAGGAAGUGGACGAUAUGUUAGAGCAGCAUUUAGUGCAUCUUAUCACACCAGGUCUGCAUCUCUGCCAGUGUCUCAUUUCCCUUCCACUACUAGCCCCAUCAGUGUUUCUUCAAGUAGUGGCCAUGGAUCAGCUUCUGAUACCUUCAUCAGGCCUUCCAGUUCAUCUGUCUGUGGGUCCCCAAGUGAUGGAGGUUUCAUUUCUUCCGAUGAAUAUGGUUCCAGCCCUGGCGACUUCAGGUACUUCCGUGUGAGGAGUAAUACCCCAGAUUCCUUGGGCAAUACGCCUCCAAUCAGAGAAGAAAAUUGUUUAAAUGAAUAUAUGUCUAUGAGCAAGCAGCAAAUGGAUAAUAAUAGUUCAAGAGAUGAUUACCGGGAGGCUGAAAAAUGCUUCAGAAAAAGAACUUACUCUCUAACUAAGCCUGCUUCUAUACCAGCACAGCAGAAAACAACCCAAACAGCAACUUCAUUAGAUGAAGUUUCUUCAGGAAGCCAUGGACGCCUGCCUUUUUCUGAAUCGCCAAAAUUCAAAAAUAACCCUGAACCAGUGUAUGGGGAAUCUGCCCUUGAUUCUGUAUGCAAUCAAAGCAGGAAUAAAGCCAGAGAUGAUGGAUACAUGCCAAUGAUGCCAGGAGUUGCAUCUUCUUUUGCAAGCAACAGUGAUUAUCUGCCAAUGACUCCUAAAAGUGUGUCUGUUCCAAAGCAGAUAAACAGUUCCUGGCCAUCAACACAGGCUGAUUCCAAAGGAUAUAUGAUGAUGUUUCCUAGGGCUAUCUCUUCACCUGUACGUAGUCCUUUAACUGGCUUUAAUAAAAGUGGCAAUGAGAAGUUGGCGAACAAUGAGUAUAUGGAUAUGUCACCUGGAAACUCAGCUGCUCCAAAGCAACCUAGUGAUUCAAAUUAUAUGCAUACUAACACCAGUUCCAAAAACUUUAGCUCAUAUUUCUCUCUCCCACGAAGCUUUAAGACUCAGUCAGGAGAAAAUGGUGAGCAUGAUGAAUACGUUCCAAUGUCAUCACCAGGAAAAUUAUUGUAUAGUGGAGCUGAAAAUGACAACAAUAUCAGUAAUGAUGUUCUGGCUAAUGGCCAUUCCAAAUCAUCUAUGCUGAAAGCUUCAGAUGAAGGACUUGAACAGAACAAAAUUACCAGGCCUACAAGACUUCCAUUAGGCACUAGAGGUAGUAACACUAUACCAAGAAUGUAUGAUCGUACAAUUCCACUUGAGCCAUCUAGUCCUGGUGAAUAUAUAAAUAUCGACUUCGGUGAAAAGGCAAGUAAUACACCUUAUUCUUUAUCUGCAGAAGGAUCGCCAUCAUCUCUUGGCUCCAGUAGUGACCAUAGGCAGUCACCACUUUCUGACUACAUGAGUGUUGAUCUUGAUGUUCAGUCACCAAAGGUUGCUAAAGAACUAUCUAACUCCUUGACAGAUAUUUCAAUUUAUGCAAGUUCUAGUAUUCCCAGAAAUCCACCUGAUCCAGAUUAUGCUAGGCUCUCAUUUGGUACUGCUUGUGUUAGCAAAGGAAAUGGUAGGAUUGAUGACUAUACAGAAAUGACCUUCAACAUGGCAGCAAUGCCACCUGGACCAUUUACCACCGAAAGCAAAAAUGGCUUAAAGAUUGAUAGUCCUCCUUCCAUUGUUAAUAGACUGUGCAUUGUUGACCAAUAUGCUGGUAGCAGUGAGUUCUCUGUUCCUAGUCCUGAUCCGCCAGUAGUACCUAAAGUUAUUCGUGCUGAUCCACAGGGAAGGAGAAGGCAUAGCUCUGAAACAUUUUCUUCCACUGGCACUGUUACCACUUCCUCUUCUUUCUUUACUGAUAGUAGCAAAAGGCACAGCUCUGCCUCUUUUGACAAUGUGUGGUUGAAACCUGAAGAACACAUUUCAGAUGGCCAUGAAAGCAAGAUGUCCAGAGAUACUUCAACGGGAUUUCAGAAUGGCUUGAACUAUAUAGCUCUAAAUUUACAAGAUAAUUCUCUAAACUGUGAGGAGAGCCCUAGUUCACCAAACUGCCACCUCCCAAAUGGUACUUUGAAUCUGGAAAGUGGAGUGUAUGUGAGCAUAGACUUCAGCAGAUCAGAUGGUUUGAAGUGCAACUCUGCAAGAAAAGAUGAUAAGCCUGAGAGAAGAAACUGUCUUCCUUGUUAGUGAGCCAUUUUUGCUGCCGAACUGGACUGAUGGCAUUACUAUGGAAACCAUUGUGAGAAGAGCAGGCUUUCCAGCUGGUAUCUCCAUAACUGUGUGGUGCUUUUGGAAGCAGAGCCCAUCUCCAGUCAACUCCAUUCACUUCCACCAGCACAGACACAGACAUGCAUCAUUGGGAAUGAUUUUUCAUCGCGUGUUGGUUGAGACUACAAUUGUGCUUUUCCAAAUUAACUUUGGUCAUAUAUAAGUUUUGAUGACAGAGGUUUCUUUCCUCCCCCCCUUAGCAUAUCUGUGUGGGAGAAAAGGUGAAUGCUGUGUUCCUUCUACACUUCCCAUAAGUUUGUUUUGAGAAGUCACUUGGUAUCUGAGAAUCUACCUAAUAUGAGUUUUGCUUUUCUAGUACUUGAAGUGAUAGCAUAAAUGUUUUAUAAAUGGUUUAGAAUUAUAUUAUUAUUAUUAUUAUUGCAGUUUAAAACCAUUUUGAAGGGAUGGGAACAACAGGCCAAGGCUUUGAUGCUUGUUUGUAAGUCUCAUUGAAAUCUGUGGGUUAUAUUUUUGGGACUAGAGGCCUGCAGCCAAUGUUUUGAAUAGACAAUUGCAACACAUACAGCCUUCCCCACCCCGCUACCUAAUAAAUAGGCUACCAGAGAAUCUCUUCCAUGUCCCCCUCCUCAUGCAUGCUCUUCCUAUUGCCUGUCUAUUUCUCUUACAUGCAUAAGAGAAGCUUAUUGUUUAGCUUCACCCACUUCAUGCCUUGGCCAGGAUGGAAUAGGUGGAGAAGCUACCACCUCUCUUUGCCUUCCUACCCACCUCCCUGAUCCUCAACAUUUGUAGCUGCGUUUGCAAAGAAGUCAUUUAUUGUUUGCUCCAUCAGUGGCCACUUUUGAGAACAGCUGCUGCUAGAGCAUACUGUAAAGAUAAUUUGCAAUUUCUGAGGAAUAAGUGUGUGUGAGUACAUGUGCACGCACGCAGGCACACACACAGCACAGCCUUUUCUCCUCUUCCAAGGCAGGUAAAUGUCCUGAUCCUGUACCAACUGUAAGGAAAUAAGAACCACUAAAAUCAGUGGGACUUACAGGUAAACAUGCAUCGAACUAGUCUGUAACCCAAGUGUCUGUCUCUCUCUCUCUCACACACAAACUCUAUCUUUGGCUCCCUUCUGGAGAGAGAGACACAUGCACAGAUUGUGGUGAGAUUUCACAGCCACAAGAACAAUAUGCUAUAAGGGAGAGAAAUGGUACUUAAAUGAGACUUGGGGUGGGGGUGGGGUUGGUUAAAUUUUGCUUUAUGAUGCAAGAGAGUUAUGGAUUCUGUCUUUUUUAUUUUUAUAAUCCUAUGUCCUCUUAAAUUGAAAAUUGUUGAGAAUAUCUCGAAUGUAAAGGUAGAACUGAAGAAUUGGUUGUAUCUUGAUUAUAGUUUUCAUUUUGCUUUAUCUCCCUGUGUAGUCCCCCCCCCCCCAAUUAAUGAUAUUUUGGAUUAGCAGGGAGUUGAUUUCUUUAUAAGUUCAAAUGGGGGAGAAAUGCAGACUUUACAACUGUAUAUUUUCCCUGCAUUACAAUGUUGAUGUGCUGUAGAGCUUCUCUAGAGAGGAUUCCUUAAACUUUAGUGAAAGAACCCUUUUCAUUUGGAGCUAUUUUUCUUUCUUUACAAAAUUAGAGGACAGAAAGACUGUCCUAUUAUACCUAAUGUGGGGAAAGGGAUACAUUAUCUUACUAGGAUUAUUGUUUAAAUUGGGAAUUAAAAAUUCCUUAAACUUUAGUAGAAGAACCCUUUUCAUUUGAAGCUAUUUUUUCUUUUUCUUUCCAAAAUUAGGGGACAGAAAGACUGUCCUAUUAUACCUAAUAUGGGGAAAGGGAUACAUUAUCUAACUAGGAUUAUUAUUUAAAUUGGGAAUUAAAAAUUGUAGCCAGAAGCCAGGUGCCUCACUUACGUCAUUAAAGAGCAUGACACUAGUUAUUGGUUCUGACACUAGUUGUUAGAACUUAUAGUAUAUACUAAUAAUUAGAAGCACUGAUAACUGAAAGGGUUGAAAGCAGUAAACAAAUCCUCAGGCACCACACAGCUGGUAUUCCUCUACGUUGUAUAUUGUACAAGUAUUGAGUAAGGGUUGCCUCACCUUUUGACAUCUGACCUUUCCAAAGUGCAGUGGGCCUACCACUUUACUUACACUAUCACAGCCUUAUGUGGAGGGGGGAAUAAAUAAAUUAAGAGUGGGGGGAACCUCCCAUUCCGCGCCUCCAUUUUAUUUAUUUUCCACCUACCCAGUGGGUUUUCCUUUCUUACUGGCUUCUGGGAAGGAGGCAUGAGAGCUCUGGAAGUGUCCCAGGACCCCCCUUCCUUUUUUCUUGAUUUAUUUAUUUGCUUUUCUGUUACACAUUCUCCGCUGAUACAUAAACUAAAUACAUAACACAUAAUACUGACCACAUAAACUAAUACAAUCAAAACAAAACAAAUAUAUCCUUUCAUAUACUUCCCUUCCACUUCUUCCAUUGUUUCUUAUCUAAUCGCUUCCAAACCGCAUCUUCUUGUUUCUCUAAACUUUUCAUUCUUCCUCUCUUUACCUCUUGUUAUAACUUACGCUGCUGAAGUGCUCACAUCCUGCUAGGUUAAUUAUCUUGUUAUAAUGAAUUUUCAUAUAUUCUAUAUAUAACUUCCAUUCUUCCUUAAGUUUUUUUUGUCAUCUCUGUUUCUUAUUCUAUUACUCAUAGCCGCUAAUUCCACAUAUUCCAACAAUUUAUGAUACCACUCAUCUUUUGUUGGAACGACAUUCGUUUUCCAUUUUGGUGCCAGUAAAAUCUGAGCAGCAGUGGUGGCAUACAGCAACAGACUCACUUGAUUAUUUGGGACUUCAGAUGUUAUUAUGCCCAGGAGAAACAGCUCUGGGCUUUUAGGGAAAGAUCUUUAAACAUUUGUUUAAGCUUGUUAUAAAUACACUCCCAAUAUUCUUUAAUCACGUUGCAGGACCACCCAGAGGCUGGUGAGGAAGGAAAACCGCUGGGUGUGUGGGUAAAGGGAAAAUAAAUGGAAUAGCAGGCUCCCUCGCUUCCCAUUUAUUUCCUACCCCACCCUACCCCGUGUAAGGUUGUAAGUGGCAGACCCAUCGUACUGGACCAGUUUGUAUAACAAAUUAGAUCCUCCUGUCAGUUUUGAUGUUCAUGACUGUGUACUGGAAUUUAUUUUUGGUUAGUAUUAAUAUACAUGUCACACAGUGAUAUAGGUGAUUUCUGACAAAUAUAGCUGGCAUAUAGUUGGCAUCCAUGAGUUUAUGCAGAGCCCAGUAAUCAGAAGGAGGAAAAGAAAUAUGCUGCAGAGUUUAAAAGCACAGAUGAAUAUCUGAAUCUAGAAAAGCAAGGUUUUCAAGAGUAUAGUUAACUAGUUGCUGCUAAACAGAUUUUGACUUAAAAACAUGACCACUUUUCUAGACCACAAUACUGUCUUGCCAUGUACGUUUUGUUUGGACUCUGUAAAUUAACAAUGCAAUAGGUACUUUACAUCUUUUCAUUUAAAAAAUGAAAAUUGGGUGAUAGUUAAGAAAUGAUUCUGAAAAAGGUUUAACAAAUGUUAACAAAUACUAGAUCCUGAGGCUGCCAUGGUACAAUAUACAGCACUGAUUUUACAAAUGCUGAAUAAAUAAGCAAAUGGGUAACCUCAACUCUACUGGUACAAAUACUAACAGGUACAGCAUAAUAAAUAUGCAAUCUUUUUUGUCUUAGUUUACAGCAACUAACUUAUUCAGUAUUGUGCUGGAAGAUCAUUUUCCAACUAUGUAAAACAUAUCACUAUGUGGGCAACCUUCCAGCCACCCGUUUUAUGCUGCUGUAUAGUACAGAAAAACCAAUGAUGGAACAACGUUUGUCCUGUAAAUUUAAUUUGAUAUUGACAGUUAUUGUCUGUACAAACUAAAACAUAUAUGGUUGAAACUGUUCAUUAUAUUUGCUAUUUCUGCUUCACUGAUCUGUUAAAAAGUUUUGAGCUGAUUGAUCCGGCUGUGUCUUCCAUUGUAAAUAUUGUUACAUCAUUUUUCAUGGUAAAAUGCAGCACAUUUGCAAUUUUGGGAGACUGGCUUGAAGCUCUGUAUAGUGUUUAUAUUUAUCUGAAUUGGCUUUCCAUAGAGCUACUCGCAGUAAAUGUGUUCAUGGUA